CGUUAACGUGAAUCUUUUCGUUCAGUUUUGUGUUUUUCCUCGAUUCAUGUAUAAUCAUGUUCCACCCAAACAUCAUAUUGCCAUUAGAAAUUUAUCGCUGCAUUUUGCUACAUCUGCCUUUCAAAGAUGUUAUUCGUUGUAUGUUGGUGUGUAAAGCUUGGAAGAGGAUGUUGAGCACGAAAAGUUUUUGGAAAAGUUAUAUUGUGAAACACUUUGAUCUUGAUAUAAAAUCAGAUAUUUCUAACGAGUAUCCUUUGGCCACGUGGGCUUCCAAGGCAUGGGAGAAAGAAUAUCCGGAAUCUUGGUAUUGUUACUACAACAACAGAGAUGAUGCUUAUGUCAUUCGACCUUUUCCAUCAAUGUGGAAUUGUGGUGUGAUCCACCCGUAUGGAUUGGAUCCUCUUGCUGGAGAUGCUGAAACAAUACAAGGAUUAGUUCGAUCUCUUGAGAUUUUGACUUAUAUGAAAAGUGAAUUAGUUCGUCUUGACAUCAACUGUGGACUGCAAUGUUCAGAUAGUGACACGGACGAACCAAUCCAAGUUAUCAUUUUUCCAUGGAAUGAAGAGGAGUUUCCAAAGCCAAUGGAAUUAGUGAAUGGAGUCUUUAAAUUUCACCCAGAAAUCUGCGAAAAUUUCCUGAAACAUACAAAUUAUAUGGGCGACUUGAGAAAAGAAGAAUUAUAUUUUCAUUUGCAACCAGAGGAUUUGGACGUAGAUAGUGAAAGUCGAGAUCAACCUUGCCUGAAUGGUAUUUUUGGCAUAAGCUGUGUUGAAGAGGAUGAACUUUGGAAAAUUCCACCUUCGAAGGAAUUCUAUAAAUGGCUUCAAUCCACAAUGUGCCCAUCACUAUCCCUUAAUGUUGGCGAGGCUAAACUCUGGCCAUCCAUUAUCUUCAUGUUAACACGCCUUGCUCCUGGUUGGAUUGGUGGUGUAGUUACAGGUGAGACGUGCCAUUACUAUUGAUAUGUUCUUGGUGAAAUUUACAAUGGUGGAUAUUGGUAGAUGUAACCAUUGAAUACGUUGUUUGAUAUUCUGUUCGUUAAAUGUAUACGUUAUGUAUAUGUACAGCAAAUUAUUUAAUUUACUAUUUGAUAAAGUAAUAAUUUAUAUUGUUAACACUUUGGGUUUAACAUUUUUCACGAUCUGACACUCAGUGACAGGUGGAUUUAAUCCAAGUAGAAAUAUUCUGUUGUAUCAAAGAUAAGAUCAUUUAGAGUUUAAAAUCAAAUAAAGUAUCAGUUGAAUAGA